CUGGGCUGGACCGGGCAGACUAAACUGGGCUGGGCUGAGUUAGACUGAGUGGUUACUGUUCAUCUCGGUUGGGUAUACCUUGUCUUGCCUUGGGUUGCCUUGCUGUCAUGAUAGGGAUGUAUUCUUUUGUUUUUCACUUCCUGCUCAUGGCUGGCGCGGCUCAUCCGUUGGUUGGUAUUGUACUGUACAUUUUUGGGCGACUUGAUGACAGGAAGUUGGCGGUCGGUCUGCAUCAGGUUUGAACACAGGUAGUAUCUUUUAUCACACAGGGGUAGGGUAUGGUCUUGACGUUCUGUACGGUCAAGCUGCUCAUUGGAGCUGGCUAGUUCUGUAGUCAUGGCUUUUAUACGGUCCUUAGGACAUGAUCCUCAGAUUGUAGGCCGUCUGGGAAAUUGUGAGGGUGAGAAAUGAAAGGGCUGUUAUCUUCUAGUGGGCUUGAUGGUCCUUCUAAGCAAGGUAGUGAUUAUGGUACUGCUCGCGCUCCCGAGUGUCUGCGGUUGUCUGAAGAGGAUUGAAGGAAAGGUGGGAUUGGGUUGUCCAGUCUUUGGGUGUAGCGUCCUCUUCGACUCCCUCUUGAAGCGGGACUGUAAGGGCAUCUGGCGGAAGCGGUUGGGGAAGGAGAAGGUCAGACUGAACUGGGUAUAUAGGUCAAGUCCACCUUCCUACUUUCACCCCCCACCGGGUAGACAAGCACAACAUACCAGAGGCCCUCAGUUCGAUUCCUCUCAAUCCGCUCCCCUUAGUUCUGACCACGGCCAUCUCUUGAUCGACCUUUACAGCCAUACUCCUAAGUGCAUCCGUCCUCCGAGGGAGGACACCUCGUGCUAUCUCGCUCUACGCGAGAGUGACGAGGGCUGGGACAGCCAGCACCAGGAGUCGCAGAACUCCAUCACCUCAAGAUUGCGAACCCCCGCCCGACUCAUCACUGUCAAUUCCCAAGAAGGCGUUACACCAUCCAGGAGGCUACAAGAGGAUCUCAAGGAGCUGCCCCAGACCCAAGCCUACCCUGUGACAGCAUUUCGACAGCAAAGGCGGCGAGGAGAAUUUCAACAGCCUCCUUGCGUGUAUCAAAGGUUGGCCAACUUUAAACGGAAGCACGGAGAUCGCGUCCCCAAGGCUCAUGACUUCGACAACGAAGUCAUUUCACAUUUGUACCGGACUAUGACAACACACAAGGACUGGGAGGGAACCAACGACAAGUGUGCUCGAGUUCUUCGCCAUGAACGGGGCAGGAUUUCGAAUAACUGCUAUUCGAGGCAUCUGAGAGGUCGUGGAAGAGCCCAAGCCGAGAAGCCGGAAGCGGAGGAGCCGGAAGCGAAAGAGGAGGACGAGAACGAGAGCGAAGAGUCGGACGACUCAAGCGACGAGAUUGUGGUAACGCCCACACGCCGCCCACGUGAAGCCACCAAGACAACCAGCAAGCACACGAGACAAGGGAGGUGGCAAGUGAUGAUCCAUGCAAAGCGAGGUGGCCAGAAUGAUAUCCCUAAGUUCCUUGUCCGAAUCUUCCUGGGAGUCAAGGUGCGCUGGGUGCACUCCAACGGCGGUGUCCGAUACCACAUGUUUGGCAACCCGAAGACACCAUCAACUAACGGUCUCAAGUGUCCUGGACUGUCAUGGGUCGGCUCCAGUGGCUUUCCCGCUCCCAACAACCCCAUAAACUGCUCCAUGCCGAUCUGCUGUCUCUCUUGUCCGGUUCCCCUCGACUUCCUUUUCUUCCAUCAUGUGUUGUUCCCCAGCGGUUCGCAGUACGACUUGCUAGCCCCUGAGCCGGUGUGUCGAAAAUCGAGAAGCUCAUCCAUCCAUUCAUCCAUCCGACUACCUGUCAGUUACCAUAAAUCAGUACACUUCCAAGAAGAACUAUCCCACUCUGCAAGGCCCAAGACACCGAGCCCAGAUACCGUGUCCAUCAACAAGACAGCUAAGCUAGGCAGGAUAGCUAACCAUAUCCAUCCACCCAUCCAUCGACCAAGCCAACUUUUCCUACCAUCGUACAUGGAAACGACCGGCUACUAGUAUUAUCAAUAUACUAUAUACUAGCACCAAGAGGAUGAGCAAAAAAAACAUAGAAACUACCCAGUUACCAAUUCACUUCCCUCAUUCAUACCGAUCGAUCGAUCCAUCCAUCGAGUCCAGCCAACAUAAGUGAUUAGCAAUGCUUGCCUCCCGGUCCCAAGCUAACCACUCCCCUGCCAGAUACCCAAUCCAACUAGUAAACUACCCUACCCUACCCAAACCUACCCAACCAACACUAUCAGCCGCUCCCACUAACCAACCUCACCGACAGACAACCUCCCCACAGACAACAGCGGCUGCAGCGACGACGAGCGAGAGAACGAGGGCGUAGCGACGGCAUCGGUAAGCAGGGCGGCGCAGCGGUAAACGGUAACGGUCAGGCGGUACGAGGACGGUGACGGCGACGAUAUGGUACGGUACGGUAUCGGAACAGGGCGGAAGCCAUGGGACCUUAGGUAGGUACGCACGUGUAUGUGUGCUGUUUGUGUGUGUGUGUGGC